AUGAAGUGUUCUGGUGGACCGGCACCAUAUCUCGUCUCACCCGGCCCCCUUACGUCAAUCACGCUGGGCGAGCCUCAGCCUCUCAUACAAACCGUCUCAUCCGCAUCAUCCACCCCUUCGGACGGGUCCAGUGUCAGGACGAGCUUCAACUUGAAUGUAGGAGGCCAAUACCCGCUCGUUGCGAAGCGAAAAGGGCUCAACGACGGUGACUUUAGCUUUGGACAUCACAAUCAGCAACCUCAACAAAAGAAACAGAAACAGCAACAGCAACAGCAACAGUCAGAGCCACAGGACUACAUCCCUACUCCCAAUGAUGUAGAGACACCCUACUCAGCCGUACAGGAUCUCGAGGCUCACCAGCUUCCCGUUGUGGCCACGGGUCCUAUUCGCUCAAACACCACAUCAUAUACAGAGAGACCCCCAGACACCGGACUGAACAACCACGACCACAGCCUGCUCUCGUACCUCACCGUUGCGGGAAUACCGCUCGCCGAGGCGGAGCAGAUGUAUGCGCUCUUCGGAGAGCGCAUCGCCCCUUUCAUACCCAGCCUGGUCGAGGAGGACUUCUCCAGCCUCCCCACCGAGGCGGACUCCCUCCUGGGCCUGGCCGCCAUCCACGCGAUCGCCCGCUACCUGCCCGACACGGCACAGCUGCGCUCAAGACUGUGCGGCAUUCUCAAACGCCGCCUCCAGGACGUCGUCUUCCGGACCCCGCAGCGCAGUAACGCCGCCGCGGAGCCGGACGCCGGCCUCGACAAGGGGACCAUGCAGGGCCUCGUGGUGCUGUACUCGUGCUGUGAGGCGAGCGGGCCGUACCACGCGCAGGCGGCGUGCAGGGAGGAUGACCCGCCUGACAUGCUGACGGUCAAGUCCAUCACCGAGGGGUUUGCCGUCAAGAUGCGCAUCGGCGGCGUUGACAGGUCCGAUGGGCAGAGCCCGCUGCCUUAUAUAUGGUGGCUUUGGCUGUACACAAUGAGUCACCAGUAUGUUGCGACACCGCCUCCUCACAUUGUCCCAGUGAAGAGAACACGGAUUUCUGCUGACGCGACCAAACCCUCCCCCAGUGCGGCUGUUCUACACGGGUGCGCCCGGACGAUGUGGGCUUCUGCGGGCGUGUACCGUGCAAAGAGAGUUGUCGAGCAGCAUUCUGAUAAUGUGCGCUUGAGGCGCCUUGUAGGGGAGGCUGAGCUUUGCUUGCUCUGGGAGUCCGUCCGCUCCAAGCCAGGAGAUAUGGCUUCGAAAGUCGAUACAGAACUACGUGCCUGGAUGGAUAAGUGGAGUGCAUUCUGCGGUAGAGCCGAGGGCCGCCAGCUCCUCUUCCACUUUCACUUCAUGCGGUUCCAGCUCUGCACAUUUCCCGCGCGGUCCGCCGUCGGUAGCGCGCUGGGGGCUCGGGCAGAGAGCCUCGAGGCGGCACAAGAGUUCAUCCGCUGCAUGACGGCGCUCUCCCCGAUAAGCAAAGAGCGGCUCAGGUACAUGUGCGACUAUGGCUUCGUCAUGGUGGCAUACGCCUGCGUCUUUGUCAUCCGCAGCAUCGCCGCCGCUGCCGAGGCAGUCCUCGCCGGUGCCCAGAGGAGGAAGUUGUUAGACGCCGUCAUGGACGCCGCCGCCCUGAUGCAGAGCUACAGCGCCAACAAGGGAACCCGGCCCUCCGUCUAUGGCUACGCCCUCGACAGGCUCUGUGCCACGAGCGUGCCGGGCGAUGUCAUGGCUCUGGGGCCGAACCGCCAAGCCGAAGCCCAAGCGCAGCCUGGUCUGGGUAUGGCCCCCAGCUUCAACGUGAGCCCGCCCACGUCGUCCACUGGGCUGGUCUUUCCGCCAUGCUCGUGGUCAUUUCACCCGCCUCAAACACCACCAGAUUCCUCCGCAACUCCCGUGAACGACUCGACGGCUCUGAAUAUGCUGGCUUCCUCAAUGGUACAGUCUGGUGGCUGGACCCAGUUUGGUGCGUCGCCAAAUACGCAGCAGAACAAUUCCUCCUGUAGUGCACAUCUUCAACCCGAAGAUGUGGGCCCCGAUGACCAGGCCGCCCGAGCUUUAUCUGAGCUUUGGAGCUUGAAUCAGAGCUUUCCGCUCUUCGAGGACAUCAUGCUCGAUAUUCCUCCCGGGGAGUCAUGAGCAAUAUCAUCGCGAAAAAGGGCUUCACUAAUUUGGGCAUUGGAUGGACUAAAAUAAUAUGAUGGAAUGGAAUGGCUAAAAACUCAGGCUCCGGUGGAUACUCCGGUGGCAAUGUUUCCUUUCUAUCUCUCUCACCUAACUCCUAUUAUGGCCCCUCCCUGCCAUUCUUACAACACCACCCAACCCGCUUUCUCUACGAGAUUCAUGACGCCAUAAUAGGAAACCUUCGUUCCCAACUGCUGUUAUGUUACUGUCAUCCAGAAUGGCCCCCUUUAAGGUUACCUUUUGGCGAAGAACAAACGCUCUGAGACAGGACAAUCCAGAACCAGGCAUAUUCUAAACCUUUUAAAUCAG